CCAAACCCUGCCUCCAUGAUCAAACCAAUCAACAGAUCAGAAACACCACAACGUUUCAUCAAUGGCGUCUUCUUCCUCUUCAAAAUGAAGAUCAACCCAUAUCUCAGUCCAGCCCUCUGGGCCUUCUUCUCUGUCCUUUCCUUCUCUGCGUCCGUACUCUCUCAUUCCCAACUUCAUCAUUUUCCUCCCCAGAACCCCAGGCUCCUCAAUGCUUACAGAGCUCUCCAGGCAUGGAAACACGCCAUUAUCUCUGACCCUUCGGGCUUUACUUCGAAUUGGCAUGGACCAAACGUCUGCAACUACACUGGAGUCUACUGUGCGGCAGCCCCAGACGAACCCCACCUCACCACGGUCGCUGGAAUAGACCUCAACCACGCCGACAUCGCCGGCCACUUGCCGGAACAGCUCGGCCUCCUUUCCGACCUCGCUCUCUUCCACAUCAACUCCAACCGCUUUUGCGGCCGGCUGCCGGAAACUUUUUCCAAGCUCCGCCUCCUCUUCGAGCUCGAUAUCAGUAACAACCGCUUAGCCGGGAAGUUUCCCGACGUUGUUCUCUCUCUUCCUUCUCUCAAAUUCCUUGACAUCCGAUUCAACGAGUUUGAAGGCAAGAUUCCUCCGGCUCUUUUCGAGUUGCAACUUGAUGCUUUGUUCAUUAACAACAACAGGUUUCGGUCUUCGUUGCCGGAAAACUUCGGCGAUUCGCCGGUUUCGGUGGUCGUUCUGGCGAAUAAUAAGAUUAAGGGUUGUUUGCCGAAUAGUAUAGGGAAAAUGGGGGAAACCCUAAAUGAGAUUAUCCUGAUAGAUGUUGGGUUAUCGACGUGUUUGCCGCCGGAGAUAGGGUUGUUAAAGAGCGCCACGGUGUUCGAUGUGAGCUUUAAUUCGUUGGUUGGGUCCUUGCCGGAGUCGAUGGGAGGGAUGAAGAGCUUGGAGCAGCUGAAUGUGGCGCACAACAAACUUUCCGGCAGAAUUCCUGCGAGUAUUUGUGCAUUGCCGAGGUUGCAGAACUUCACGUAUUCUUAUAACUACUUUUAUGAUGAACCGCCGAUGUGCCUCAGGCUUGAGGGUAGAGAUGACCGGGAAAAUUGUAUUCCCGGUAGGCCAGAGCAGCGGUCGCCGGAGACGUGUAAAGCGUUCUAUUCCUCAGGUCCUGUGGAUUGCGGUGCAUUUGGUUGUUUGCCUAGAAGCCCCCCGCCGCCGCCGCCAUCGCCACCACCGCCGUCACCACCUCCUCCGCCUUCCUCACCUCCGCCAUCACUACCACCGCCACCUCCUCCGUCACCGCCUCCUCCAUCACUGCCCCCACCACCUCCACCUUCGCCACCUCCGCCGCCGCCGCCACCUCCGCCGCCGCCGCCACCGCCUCCUCCAUCAUUGCCCCCACCACCUCCGCCGUCACCGCCUCCUCCAUCACUGUCCCCACCUCCACCUCCACCUCCUCCGCCUCCGCCGUCACCAUCACCGCCACCUCCGCCAUCUCCACCCCCACCCUCACCUCCUCCUCCAUCACCAUCUUGUCCGCCACUUGCUCCUCACCUUCCAACGGCGCCACCAAAGCCCCACAAACAAUAUUACCAUUACCCGCCAACGCUGCCGCCGCCAAAGCCCGAACAGAAUUACCAUCACCCACCGCUACCGUCUACACCAAAACCUGAACAAAAUUACCACCUCCCCCCGCUACCUUCUACACCAAAGCCUGGCCUGCAUUACAACCAUUACCCACAAAUGCCGCCACAAAAGCCUUAUUACCAUCACCCACCGCUACCGUCUUCACCAAAACCUGAACAGAAUUACCAAUAUCACCCCCCGCUACCUUCUACACCAAUCCCUGGCCUGCAUUAUAACCAGUACCCACAAAUGCCGCCACAAAAGCCUUAUUACCAUCACCCGUGAUCAGUCGACUGCUCGAGCCUUUUUUCCUUGAAUUUUAGUUUUUUCUUUCAAAAUAAAAGAUAACAAUGGAACAUAUGAUAUAUAUAUGUAUACAUCUAAACAUAAUCAGAGAAAGAAAGACGAACAUUGUUCUUCCAUUCCUAGCCAUGUAUCUUCUUUCCACAGUUUCUGGUUCGAUGGAACUUCGUUUGUAUCUAUCUAUUUUACCUUCUCCAAUUCUUUGGUGUAAGCAACGAUAAUUGAUGUCAUGAUAUAUAUAAUCUGAGAUUUCUGAUGUUUUCACCUU